UGGGCAUUCUCCAUUUUGUCAAUUUGUUUAACGUUGCCCGUAGGCGGAUGGUUGUCGGUAAAACGUCGGGAAACGUCGUAACUGUUCAGUCUCCUUAGUCCUGUCGCGCAUAUUUACUCGCGCAUAUCGCGCGGAGCAAGUUCGGUGCCUUACAUGAUGGGAAGAUCACGCAGCAGAAGCAGGAGUCGUUCUCCAAAGCUCGCGAGGCAUAAAAACAAGCGCCCGCGAAGGCGCUCGCACUCUAGAGGACGGAGCCGCGACAGCGUCAGCAAAGCAGUGCCUAAAUUCAACGACCGCAAACCAAGGAAGCGGUCAUCGUCGAUCUCCAGCAGCAGCAGCGAUGACAUCGACGGCCUUUUGGACUCUGCAAGGCGCAAAGUGAAAAGGUCGUCGGAAGGCGACAGGGCGUCAUCAGACUUCGAGCGCCAAAGGCGACAGCGCGAUGCAGACCAUUCCAAGAGAUCUGAGGAAGAGAUGCAACGCCGGAUCGAAGAGGCAGUGACCGUCCGCGUGGCUGAAGAAAUGGAGCGGCGCCGAGAGGCCAUGGAGACGGAGGUGCGACGUCGUGUCGAAGAGGCCCGACACAACAUGGAGAAACAGCUGCUCCAAGAGUUGGAGCAACGCCGAGCUCAGAUGGUUGCCGACCAGCAGAAGCGGGAGGAGGAGGAGAGAAGACGACUUCAAGAACUUGAGCAAACUCUGGCAGAAAAAAGCAAGCAGUUGGAGGAAGCGCAGCGAAGCUUGGCGGAAGAGCGGCUGGCAAUGGUCGACGAGCGCCGGCAGAUUGAUGAGGCCCGCAGGCAGUUGGAGCUGGAGCAGGAAAAGAAAAUGCGCCUGGACCAGCAGGUCAUCCUGAACAAGGGACGCGUGCGACCCAAGCUCUCCUUCUCACUGAAGCCUACGGUCUAAGGCAGAACCGAUGCCUUCCCAGUGUGCGCAUGUGCGGUCUGCCUGCCCCUUGCUGCAGCAUGGUGGAACAUGUCGUCAGGCAUGGCCGUUCUCACAGCCACCUCGAACUUUUCGUUUGGACACUGGCCUUGAACUGCACACAAGUCAAUCACGCUUUCUGCUCCUUGCCUUGUGUAGUGGACAUUUUACCUGCAGUCACUGGGCAGUGUUUACAAAAGCUGACUGCCUCUAUGUGCAACAGUAGCAGUUUCCUACCCAAAUUAUGUCGUGUGAAAAUGGUGAGGAUGGUUAAGUAGCUUAGAGAACUAAAGUUAUCGCUGAGUGCAGUGAUUCAGCAUGAUAGACAAGCUGCAGCAUUGUACCAUCGCACUGGUGCAAAUAUUAUGUAGUGCUUUGGUUUGGUGGUGCGGAACGGGCAAAAUUCUCGAAAGUACCUUGCGAAGUUGUUAAAGCGGCCACUUCUGCUGUGCUCAUUCAGUUAUUGAACCAGUGCAAGAAGCUUCCAGUUUUCUUGCAUGUCACAGGUGGGUAUAGCAGCCCUUCUUUCUUGCCACCAAUUCUUUCUAAAUAUCGCCAUGUACUCUUGCCACUUUCAGUGCCAAUUGGUAUUGCGACCCGUCAUGAGGUCGUCUUGCACACAUUUUAGAGUGUCGCACCAAAUAAGCAGUAGUAUACUCGGAGUUUUGUUUUGCCUUUUGGUAAUCUCGGCCGUCAUUAUGCAGCAGGUAUGUCCUCAAAAAAAAAAAAAAAAAAAUUCUUUUCAAAAGUGAAUGCACCUCUGAAAGUUGUAGUGAAGAGUUGAGUGAAAGCAGUGCACAUAGAGCGUAUUUGUACAUAGCACCAAUUGUAAAUACAAAUUUCCAUUCUUUUUCGUUCGAAGUUUUCAUACAUAAAUGUUUUGCUGAACCUGUACAAAAGUUGACAAAGCUUUUGACAGUGUGAAGUCAUGCGACGGAUUUGCAUUGCAAAACAAACCAUGUUUUCCAAAAGCUGCACACUUGUCAUUGACGUUUUUUUUUACAUCUCCAUGCACAUGUGCUGUGCAUUCAUCAACCAAAGUGUUAUCUUGUGCUCGUGUUGCUUGUUAGAUUGCUGCUUAAAGUUCACUUGCUACACCCACGACCAAAAAGUCUACGGACCAUGGUACAAUAGAAGAAUUGCAUUUUGGUAAUGCAGCUGGUACUUGAUUGUAUGAACAAUGUAGUACACUUUGCUAGCUGUGCACUUGUACAAGGAUCGCAGGUUUUCUUUCGUCUUUUUUUUUUUCUUGUUUUUUGUUGGCUGCAUCCGGUGCAACUCUGUCAUAGUAUAGCUUAAUAGCACACCACAGCCUAUCUUAAAGAAGCAAUGUUCCUGCUAAAGUUUCUUUCCGAUUUUCGAUCAAGUACUUCAUCGGGAGUUGCGAGGAUCACAGAAUGCCUAAACGCAGUCAAGUACUUCUUGGUUGGCGUAGGGCUUUUGAACUAUGAAGUGUUAGAUUUUGCACACCCAUGGUUUUGGGAUGCAGACUGCCAUGUUUACAAGAGAAACGGAAAGGUGUGCAAAGGAAAGUAAGAAGGGUGCAAAAUAAAGCAAGCAGGGCAUGGCACUUUGGGUGUGCAAAGCCCCCUUUGGGUACCCCAAGCCAUUUGGGUGUGUAAUAUCUGAAACGCCUUGCUACCUUCGUUAAUUCAAGCUCUUCUAGAGUUGCCAGACCCAAACACCAAAAACAAUGCCUUAAUUGGUUAAGGAAUCCGGUAAUACUUUUUGCCAUCCCUAUCAAACACCAGAAAGGAUGCUGCCCGUAUGGGCCAGGCACAAACACUUGCGUUAUUAACGAUGCCAUCCAAUGCCACACUGAGAACAGGCCAGGUAACAUAUUAUGCCCAGGAUGUGGCAAAUACCCCAGUGCACUCUAUACUUACUGGGUGAUACCGUUGGAGCGCUUCUUGUCCACACUUUUAACUCGCCCAAACAUUGCACCUCCCUUCUCCACACCUAGAAGUGCUGGACGCUCCACUGAGUGUACUACGGUGUACACUGUAACCACUGUGGCUGGUCCACAAAAAGCACAGCAAGGGAUCCAGAUGAAUGGACUCAGCACCAAGACUGGGGACCCAGCUGGACUCUUACCAUGGUGACUCCGAUUAGGAUUCAUUCAGAAAUAGUUUCUCUUCUACCAGCUAGGAAAUUGGUUUUACCAUGUCAGCUGUUCCUCCGGGGCAUUUCUGUUACACUGGUCCAAGGAGGUACGAUGGCUGUAAAUGAUUGCUACGAAAGAAAAGGGAUAUCGAGGUGUAAAUUGCACAGGAUCAAGAAGAUACUGGGGGAGUUGUAAAAAGGGUGGCAUGCUGCAAAGCAAACAGUUUGUAAAUCGCAUUCGCUAGUAGUGCAUAAACAAGCUUCAAUGACUUGUAAAUGAUCAACACAAGAGCAAGAUAAAAAGCUACAGACCUGAAACACUGCAAAGCACUGGUAAGCCCUCUAUAUAGGGUAGUUGUGAAAAGUGUAUGGGUCAGUUAAAUGGGAUUUAGUUUUUUAAAUGACAAGUAUGGAGGAGUGUUGUGAGGAAACGGGCAGCUUUCUGCGGAGUACAUGUUGAGAGUUUAAUUGCCUGGCUUGAUGUCGUGUCCACUUCCUAACUCGGUGGGCAUGUGAAGUAGGUGGGACGGUAGUAUUGCUGCAAGGUGGGCUGUGCAUAGCAAUGACUACAGUACAGAAAGUCAUGCUAGAGUAACUCCAUGCCAAGGAAGUUACUGCAAACCGGGCUGCCACCCUACAUGACUGACGCAUGUCCUUAGUAUGGCCUCAGUCAAGGGUCACAUGAACCUGCUAGUGCUUUCUUUUUUUUUUUCUUUUUGUUCGAGACCAUGAUCUGUAGGUGCUUGACCAUGGGUGUAUGCUUGUUCAGUGGAGAAUUGGCUGUACUGGAAAGGUGAGGAAUUAAUAUGGGGAUACACAACGUGUCUUUGUUUUGUGUGCAGUGUGUGCCUUUUCUGUGGCCUCUGUGAGCACAGAUUGGCUUUGAGUGGUCACUGUGGCUUGCCACAGUUGCUCUAGCUCUGCUGAUGCUCUCGGUAAGUAUUGUUGCUCUGUGCAAGAGCACCAUGAAUGCAUCAUUUUUGUGGAGGUUCAUGAGGUACUUUGUAACAUACAGUAAGCAGAAAAAUGCCUUUUAUUAAGACAGCAUUAAUGGCAUGUCUUUGCAACUGGUUGACAUCUUUGGCAUUUUCUGUGCACUUCUGGAAGGAGUUAGAAUCACUGUUGCUUCUUAAGUCUUUGUGGCUUUGUACAAGGCUGAUGGAACCGAGUGAACAGGAUGUCAUGUUUAGUUUUUUUUUUUACAUGUAGAAUAUACAGAAAUAAAACUUUUUUUUGCACA